AUCAUUUGUGUGGACGUGCUCGCUGAGAACUGUUCAAUUUAAUUCUAGAAGUUUCUGAUUCCAAAAUAUGAUGAAAAUAAAAAGCUCAAACAACAUAAUAAUAUAAAGCUUUCGAAAAGCUUUCACACUAUAUAAAGACGAGCAAGUCACAUUAAAGAAUUAUUCCACUAAAAACGCUCACUGAGGAAGUUCGGUUCCCUUAUCUUAAAUUAAAUUUCUAAAUACUUGUGAAAAUGGCAAGCAAUCAGUUUUUGAUACUUAACAGUGGCCACAAAAUGCCCAUCAUUGGCCUAGGCACUUGGAAUGCAUCUGACGCCGAAGUAGAGGCCGCAAUCGACGCCGCUCUAGAGGCGGGCUACAGACAUAUUGAUACGGCUCCUGUCUACCUCAAUGAGAAGGCUAUUGGUCGAGCCCUAAAACGUUGGCUGGAUUCCGGCAAGGUGAAGCGUGAAGAGCUCUUCAUUGUGACCAAGCUGCCAACCUCUGCCAAUCGCGCAAGUGAUGUGGAAGCCACUAUUAAGAAAUCGCUAGCCGAUCUGCAGUUGGAUUAUGUGGAUAUCUACCUCAUUCACUCACCCGUGUCCGCUGAGGCCAAUGCAGAUGGCAGCCUCAAGUUUGGUGCCGACGGUUUAAUGGUCCCUGAUUUGGCAGCCGAUAUUACCACCACCUGGACUGCAAUGGAGAAACUCGUGCCCAGUGGACUGGCCAAGUCUGUUGGCGUUUCCAACUUUGACCAGGAGCAGCUGGAACGCGUGCUCAAGGUCGCCAAGAUUCCCCCAGCUACCAAUCAGAUCGAACAUCAUGUCUACCUGCAACAACGCGACCUCGUUGACUUCUGCAAGGCGAAAGGCAUCGUCAUCACAGCUUAUUCUCCUCUAGGAUCCAAGGGGCUCAUUAAGGUCAAUGCUUCCGCUGGUAUAAACCGUGAACUUCCCGAUCUGUUUGACAUACCCGAAGUGAAGGAAAUUGCUGCUGCUCAUGGCAAGACCCCAGCUCAAGUGCUUCUCCGUUGGAUCGUUGACAAUGGCAUUGUUAUUAUUCCUAAGAGUUCAAAUCUCGAACGUUUGAAGCAGAACCUUAAUGUGUUCGAUUUUAAGCUGACGGCGGAAGAGAUAGCGAAGCUCUCAGCACUCGACCAGAACUUCCGCAUUUGUGAUUGGUCCUUGCUCCCCGGUGUCCAGCGUCAUCCCGAGUACAAAUUCUAAAACGAAUUUAUAAAAUUUAAACUACGCA